AUGAUGGCCACCGUGUCCCAUGGUAUUCCUCCGCUCGCAGAGUUAUCGCCGGUGGGCGACGACUUGUUGCCUGCCUUUGACUUCGACACGAUCGACAACAGUGAGAGUGGAAAGGAACUCCACGACGAUGAGAUGGGCUUUCUCUGCGACGUGCUCUUCUUCAACGAGCCGACCACCGCCCCCGUUGACGACUUUUUCGACUGCCCUCUGGACUUGCUUCUCGCGCCCGACGCCACGGACGACGAGGCGAAGAAGAUCUGCGCCAUUGACGGGUGCCACAAGCGCGUUCGGUCGCGCGGCCUGUGCAAGGCGCAUGGCGGUGGUCGCCGCUGCUCCGUGGCUGGCUGCAUCAAGAGCAGUCAAGGCCGGGGACUCUGCAUUCGCCACGGCGGCGGCCGGCGCUGCCAAGAGCCCGGCUGCUCUCGCGGCGCCCAAUCGAGCGGUCGAUGCAAAAACCACGGCGGCGGUAUCCGCUGCCGGGCCCCCGGGUGCACCAAGAGCAGCCAAGGCGCAGGGUUUUGCCGCACGCAUGGUGGCGGCAAGCUCUGCAAGCACCCAGGUUGCAAGAAGGGCAGCCAGCGCAAAGGCUACUGUGCUACCCACUGCCACACCCAUGCGAUCAGUCGCACGUAACCACGUCAUAGCAUGAUGUACAACAACGAUAUUGAACUUCGAU